UUUUAACUAUUCUCCGACGUACCAUCCAAAAAAAGAAAAAAGAAAAAAGAAGGGGGGUAGUUUCCGAGGUUCGUCGGAUCAGUUGGCUGCAAAACCCUAAUUACAGAAAUCCGACCAAAUCGAUCUUCGAUCCUGCAGUCAGAAGAAGGGAAUGGCUGUCGCAGCACCUGGGCAGCUUAAUCUGAACGAGUCGCCUUUCUGGGGAUCCAGAAGCGUUGAUUGUUUCGACAAGUUGGAGCAGAUUGGCGAGGGCACUUACGGUCAAGUUUACAUGGCAAGGGAAAAGAAAACAGGUGAAAUUGUUGCUUUGAAGAGAAUAAGAAUGGAUAACGAGAGAGAAGGGUUUCCAAUCACUGCAAUACGUGAAAUCAAAAUUCUAAAGAAGCUACAUCACGAGAAUGUUAUUAAGCUGAAAGAAAUUGUGACUUCUCAAGAUGAUGAGAAGAAUGAGCAGGAGAGACCACCACAAGAUGGUAAUAAAUAUAAAGGUGGGAUUUAUAUGGUGUUUGAAUACAUGGACCACGAUUUGACAGGCCUUGCAGAUCGACCUGGGAUGAGAUUUUCAGUUCCGCAGAUUAAGUGCUAUAUGAGGCAGCUGUUGACGGGGCUCCAUUAUUGUCACGUAAAUCAAGUUCUUCACCGUGAUAUCAAAGGUUCAAAUCUUCUUAUAGACAAUGAGGGUAAUCUGAAGCUUGCAGAUUUUGGGCUUGCCCGGUCAUUCUCAAGUGAUCACAAUGCCAAUCUUACAAACCGCGUUAUUACUUUAUGGUACAGACCUCCUGAAUUGCUGCUUGGAGCAACACGGUAUGGUCCAGCGGUUGACAUGUGGUCUGUUGGUUGCAUUUUUGCUGAACUUUUGUAUGGGAAACCUAUUUUCCCUGGAAAAGAUGAGCCAGAACAGUUAAAUAAGAUUUUUGAGUUGUGUGGAGCCCCAGAUGAGGUCAAUUGGCCCGGGGUUUCUAAGAUUCCCUGGUAUAACAACUUCAAGCCAUCGAGGCCAAUAAAGAGACGUCUCAGGGAAGUUUUCAGAAAUUUUGACCGUCAUGCUUUGGAUUUGUUGGAGAAGAUGCUGACACUGGAUCCUUCUCAGAGAAUCUCUGCCAAGGAUGCACUUGACGCCGAGUAUUUCUGGACAGAUCCAUUACCUUGUGACCCGAAGAGCCUACCUAAAUAUGAAUCUUCGCAUGAGUUCCAAACAAAGAAAAAGCGCCAGCAACAACGCCAAAAUGAUGAAAAUGCUAAGCGUCAGAAACAACAGCACCCACAGCCUCAUAGCCGCUUACCUCCUAUUCAGCAAUCUGGGCAAGCACACCCACAGAUGCGAGCAGGACCCAACCCACCCAUGCAUGGUUCCCAGGCCCCAGUUGCUUCAGGGGCAAGCCAUCACUAUGGGAAGCCUCGUGGACCCCCUGGUGGGCCAGGUAGAUAUCCCCCAAGUGGAACCAGUGGGGUGUACAAUCAUUCAAAUCGUGGAGGUCAAGGUGGUGGCGGUGGUUAUAAUAGUGCACCAUAUCCUCCACAAGGUCGUGGCCCACCGUAUGGUUCAAGCGGAAUGCCUGGUGCUGCUCCCCGAGGUGGUGCAGGCAGCAAUUAUGGAGUUGGUCCUCCAAAUUAUCCUCAAGGUGGCCCAUAUGGCGCUUCCGGUUCUGGUCGUGGCUCUAACAUGAUGGGCGGAAACCGCAAUCAGCAGUAUGGUUGGCAGCAGUAACUCAACUUCAUUGUUAAAAUGUUUAAUAUUGAGAAGCACCUGAAACUCUAGCACUCAGACGAGUUAUUGUGAGUGAUUUGAGAAUAUGGAUUCUCUAAAUACUGAUAUUUAUUUAAGCCAGUGCUCAGACUUGUCAGCAUUAAUGUGACAGUAUGGGUUGCUUGUUGCUUCAAUAACUCGAAUGGUUCAGUAAAUUUUGAAUUUUCAACAUUGGCAGAGUCCUUGGAAAU